AUACUAAGUAUUGCCUCAUACGGGCAACCUUCCUAAAGCACUCUCCAUUCGAACGAAUUCGAACGAUCUCUCCUUCAACACAGAUAUCGAUCGAUCAACAAGAAAUGUCUAGCAACGUUCAAGAUAUUACUGGGCCCAUCAUCGUUGUUGCUCAUGCUAUCGCGAAGCCUGGAAAAGAGGACAUAGUGGCUGAUCGAAUCGCCAAAAUUCGUGACCACGCACUCUCUGACAAGGAACCAGGCACCCUCACUUAUCGAAUCACAAGAUUCGGGGCAAAGUUUGCGAUUUUUGAACAGUAUGAGAACGCAGAUGCGUACAAACACCAUGUGGCUGGUCCAAUAUCCCAAGUGGCCGCUGAAAAAGAUGAGCUCCUUGAAGUGCUUUUACAGUGAAUACUAAGUAGCAGUCUCGAGGCAGGAAAUGAGUCGGCACUACCGCCCUUUGUGUAUCGUUGAAAAUGUGUCAAAACCAGUCUGUACCACCAUAUUCCAGAGUUUAUGAUCGAAGUCUUUACGUAGGAAACAGCGUGUGCUGAACAAAUGAACAAAAUAAAUUUAGCC